AUGGAUGGAAAUGUGUACAACUAUGCUGCGGGCAGCAUGUGGAAUGGCUAUAGCGAAGGGUUCCAGCCAUCCGCUUUAGAACUCCAGAACCAUAUGGCACCAAACCGGGAGUAUUUGGCAAGAGAGCAGAGUAAAAACUCAUUUGUUCCUGCUGCAUCUCCGUACGUUUUCUUCAAUUACGCGGAUGAAUCUCCUCAUCAAUACCAUCAUCUUCCUGAGAAUGUAAGCAGAAACCAGUGGCAUUUUCCGACAUGGCCAAAGAUGAAAGUGAUUCCAGACUCCAUGUUUCAAGAAACCCCAAAGAGAUACUCAGAAAAGCAGUUUCAUAAAAAUGGUGAUGUUGGGAUGCCGAUAGUUCUUCAGACGUCAGCCAACCAGAAUACCUCUAACGGUGAAAGCUAUUAUUCAUCAGAUGUUUCUCAGCAUGUUAUGAUUGAUCCUCAAAGAGUCUACCCUCUGUUAGAGUCUCAGGAAUUAGUAAAUAUAAGCAUUCCAGUUGCAGCCUCCACUCUCAGCAGUCAGCCCAUGACAACAUCAAUGGGCAGCCAGAAGAGUGCUACAAAAAAAAGCUCAGGACCUAGAAAGCAAAAAACUAAGUUAAAAACAGAAGAUGCAUCAUUGAGCAAGAGGAUGAGAAAUGAGGAAAAAUGGGCCAGAAAUAUUAGGAAGAAAGCAAGAUCAAAAGGAGAGAGUUAUGUUUCUGUUCAAGGGAAAACUGUGCCUGCAAGAUCUGUCAAGAAUGUUGAUUGCUCAAAAUGUAAAUUCAAUUGCUCAUCCAUAGUUUCAGAAGAACAAAGGCAACAGUUAUUUGAAGAAUACUGGGAGCUGGAGACUUUUAAGGAAAAGGUUGAUUAUAUCGCAGGCUGUGUUAAUGAGUUCGCACCUCUUCGACCGGUAAGUGGCCGUAGAGCUUACUCCAGACGGUACACACUGAAAGUUGGUGGGAAAGAUGAAAGAGUAUGCAAAGAAUUUUUUGUAAACACAUUUGACAUUAGCGAGAGCACGAUUGUCACUUACAUGGGAAAGAAAAGGAAAGGGCCUGAUGCUGUUGCAGAUCUGCGAGGGAAGCAGACGCCAAGCAAUAAAACACCAGAAUCUACAGUGAGGCUGAUUCGGGAGCACAUCUUGUCCCAGACCGGCCUGCAGGGACAGCUGACUAGAUCUCCCAGUGAGGAUGUGAAGAAUGUAAAACGACUUUAUCAGCACUAUCAAGGAGAAUGUGAAAUGGACAGAAUCAGACCAGCUAGCAUUUCUGUCUAUCGUAAAGUCUACUCUGACAUGCACAAAGAUCAUAAUGAUACACCAGUAGCGAUUCCUCCUGAUGUUCUGACACAAAGCAAAAAAUCAAAACAGCAAACAUGUGUAGGAAAAGAAGACAGUUUUGUUUCAUCAUCAUUUAAAGAACAAAAUGGUCUUUCUCCUCUUGAAUCCUCUGUAAGUUUUGAUGCUUCCUCAAAUUCACAGCCAUCUGUGGCAGAUAUGGUGUCUUCCACCAAUGCUACAGCUCUGCCGGAGACAUUCCAUGACCUUGAUCUCAGGCAGUAUCCUUACCACAAUGGUGACCCAAACCUGCCUACAAAUUCAUUCUGUGACAACAAAACAGGCAGCUUAGACACACAUCAAGCAGUCCCAUAUCAGCCAGCUUAUCAUCAUCAUCAUCAUCUUCGGCAGCAACAUAUAUCAUCCCAACAACAUCUGGAAAAGCCAUUAUUUGCUGCACAUUGUCAAGAAGAUCAAGCAGCAUCCAGUCAUGAAAGAGGGCAUGCAAACAAUACAUUCCCCUUUGUCUGGGAUUCCAAUAGAAUAAGCAGCAGCUCUGUUGCCACCAAUUAUAACUUAAGCUACUGCCCUGUCUCUUAUUCUAACCAAAACCACAUCAUUCAGCCAUCACUGUCAUCAUCUUCAUCAUCAUUAUUCAAUUAUAAGAUAUCAUCUUCAUCUACGGCACCAUUGCUCCUAGAAUCUACCUCAAACAUUGAUCUAAAAAACAAGCCUGGUCAGGUUUCUCACAGAGAGGCCCCGAAUGGUAAAAUCACAUCAGAAAAAAGUAGCAUAAUUACUACAAAGAAAAGAAAAAGAAAUAAGGCUAAAAGAGAACCUAAAAAAAGAACUAGAAAUGAAGAGACUUGGGAUAGAAAUGUGAGGAAGAGAUUACGGUUUAAAGGGGAAGCUUAUAUUUCAGUUAAAGGUAAAUUGGUGGAAGCAAGAAAUGUAAGGGAAGUUGAUUGCUCAAAAUGUAAAUUCAAGUGUACUUCAAGAAUUAAUAAACAGCAGCAGCAAAAUCUGAAUGAGUUGUAUUGGAGUUUAGAUACUUACAAGAAAAAGAUAGAAUUCCUGAACAAGUAUGUGCAGACCUACACUCCAAAACGAAAGAUGACUGGCAGGAGAGAAUAUUCCAGGAAGUACAUCUUUGACGUAGAUGGAAGUGAUGAGCGUGUAUGCAAGGAUUUCUUUACAGCCACUCUUCACAUAAGUGAAAGUACAAUUGCCACUGCACUGAAGAAGAGCAGGAAAGGCCCCGAUGCAGUAAUUGAUAUGCGAGGCAAACACAAGCCGGUUAACAAAACAACAGAAGAAACACUUCAGUAUAUCCGUGAGCUGGUUAUCUACUUAACUGGUCUGCGCCCCAACCGUGCUAGUAACAAUCGACAAAGCAUGCGAUAUGCAGACAUAAACCACUUGUACCAAGUCUAUAGAUACGAUAGUGAGAAAAAAAGCCGAAAAGUGGCCAGCUUGGGUAUAUUUCGAAGUAUUUUGGUAAAGGAGUUUAGCAUCAGAUCUUCAAAAUCAAAGAAGCAUGAAAAUGUUGAUGAUGUAGAAAAGAAUGCAUUGUUGCCUGCAUCUCAGAGUGCUGCAUUUACUUCUACAGAACCCUGGUCUGUAAAUAUACCUCAACCGUGUGCCAUGACAAGCAAAGCAACAUUGUUAAGUGAACUUCUUCCAAAGUCUGUCACCUGUGGGGACACUACAUUUGGGGACCUCAACAUUCCUAACCUAUAA